UAAAGCUUGGACAAAGUAGGGCCUGCUGGAUUUGAAGGUGAAGGGAAUACCAGGUUGGGAGAAGAGCAUGACCUUAGGGUAAGAGGAAGGAGAAUCAAGAGCAGAGUAUAGUUAGAAAGCAAACUUGGGAGGAGUGAAGAAUGUGGAGUGAAAUGGGUGAAGAAAGCCGGGAAGCCAAUGAUGCACGAACUCAUGGAAGGUAAAAACCAAACUCUCACCUCUGAAUUCUUCCUCCUGGGACUUUCCAACCAGCUGGAGGAACAGCAGUCACUCUUCGUGCUCUUUCUCUCCAUGUACCUAACCACAGGCCUAGGGAACCUGCUCAUUAUCCUGGCCAUCGCUUUUGACCCUCACCUGCACUCCCCCAUGUACUUCCUCCUGAGCAACCUGUCCUUCGUCGAUCUCUGUUUCACGACCACCACGGUCCCCAAGAUGCUGGUGAAUCACAUCUCAGGGAAUAAAACCAUCCCCUACGCUGGCUGCCUGACACAGAUGUUUUUCUUUAUUUGGUUUGCCAGCAUUGAUAGUUUCCUCCUGGUGGCCAUGGCGUACGACCGCUACAUAGCCAUCUGUCACCCUCUGCGUUAUGCCUCUCUCAUGAUCCCAAGACUCUGUGCCCUGUUGGUGGCCACGUCGUGGUCUUUUGCCUGUAUUAAUGCCCUGACGCACACCGUCCUGUUGACUCAAUUAUCCUUCUGUUCGCACAAUGAAAUCCCUCAUUUCUUCUGUGAUCUCAGCCCCCUGCUGAAACUCUCCUGUUCUGACACCUUCAUCAAUGAUGUCUUGGUUUAUACGGUAGGGGCGCUGCCCAUUCUAAUGCCCUUCGUGGGUAUCCUUGUCUCUUACACCCGGAUAUUUGCUGCCGUUCUGAGGAUCCCUUCGGCCCGGGGUAAGAGAAAAGCCUUCUCCACCUGUGGCUCCCACCUCUCUGUUGUUUCUCUGUUCUACGGGGCAGUCAUUGGGGUCUACCUCAGCCCCAUGUCUUACCACACAGUGGAGAAGGACACAGCUGCAGCUGUGAUGUACACGGUGGUCACCCCUAUGCUGAACCCUUUUAUCUACAGCCUGAGGAACAGAGACAUGAAAGGGGCCCUGUGGAAACUCUUCAGCAGGAUUGUGGCUUCUCCUGCAUUUGGUGACCGAGACAGUUCUAUGGGGGAAGUAGGAAAAGAAAAUUUUGUCUUUGUAAAUGCUCAUAUACUUGAACUCAGCAUAUUCAUAAAUUUUGAGUUUCAGAACCUGGCCUCUGAAAUCCACCAGACUGGGGCUCUCCCCAUGUUUGAAGUCCUUAUAAAAGGACUUUCCUAG